AUGGCUUCUACAACCAUACCAACAGCACGAGAUCCGACUCGUUACGACUAUUCGAGCAGUACCGGAAGCCCAGAAAGGAAUGUACAAGAUGAACUCGAAAAUGACUUCUUCCAACAGUCUGCAAAUGAUAGUUCGACCUCGAUCGUCGACGAUGGCAAGGAAACCGAGGACGAAGACCUAAAACAGUUUGAAGAUAUGAAGGUAUCGCCUACAGCCUACUUGCCUCCAGAGCUUCUCUUCGCUAUCUUCGGACGACUUGCUUCACCCCAAGACCUUCAAUCGUGUGUCUUCGUCUGCAAGUCGUGGGCAAGAUGUGCUGUGGAAUUGCUAUGGAUCCGACCCUACAUUUCGAAAUUCAAGAGCCUCGAAAGCUUGGCCAAGACGAUACAGAUGGAACAGCCGAGUUUUCCCUACGCUUCGCUCAUUAAACGCCUAAAUCUUACGACUUUGACAGAAACUCUCAACGAUGGAACUGUUUUGGCUCUGGCUGCUUGUAACAGGCUCGAGCGAUUGACGUUGACGAACUGCGCUCAGGUCACCGAUACUAGCAUCAUGCGUGUUCUGGAGAACAAUCCCAAGUUGCUAGCAUUGGAUUUAUCGGGUCUCAUCGAUGUUACAGAUCUCUCGAUGAAUGUUAUUGCUCACAACUGCAAGAGACUCCAGGGACUCAACAUUACUGAGUGCAAGAAGACGACGGAUGCUUCUAUGGUUGCUGUUGCAGCUCAUUGCACUCAUCUCAAGCGGCUCAAAUUGAACGAGUGCGACCAAAUCACAAACGAAAGUGUCAUGGCUUUCACGAAAUACUGUCCCAACCUUCUCGAACUCGACCUCCACAAAGUCAACAAGAUCACCAACCAAGCCGUCCUCGAUAUCUUCUGGAAACUCUCACACCUUCGAGAAUUACGUCUCGGCCAUUGCGAUCUGUUGACAGAUGCUGCCUUUACUGGGAUCCCUAACCGACCAUACGAAAGCUUGCGGAUCCUCGAUCUCACCAAUUGCGAUAAAUUGACGGAUGACAGCGUCGAGCACAUUGUCGAAAUUGCACCCAGGUUACGCAAUCUGGUUUUGGCAAAGUGCAGGCUUAUCACAGAUCGUGCAGUUACUGCGAUUACAAAGUUGACUAAAAAUCUACAUUAUCUGCAUCUGGGACACUGCACGCAGCUGACCGACCAAGCCAUCGCACAAUUGAUCCGAUCUUGCAAUAGAAUUAGAUAUAUCGACCUUGCUUGUUGUCAGAGAUUGACGGACCGAAGUAUUACUCAACUUGCCACCCUCCCGAAACUUCGAAGGAUUGGCUUGGUCAAGUGCAGUAAUAUCACCGAUAGGUCGUUGAUGGCACUUGUACAUUCGUCCAGGUCCCAUCCCUGUGCACUAGAGAGAGUUCAUCUCUCCUAUUGCACGAACCUCACUGUUGAUGGCAUUCACGAAUUAAUCAACUCGUGCACCAAACUCACUCAUCUCAGUUUGACCGGGGUUGUUUGUUUUCUCCGCAAGGAUCUGACUCGUUUCUGCCGCCCCCCGCCAAACGAGUUCAACGAGCACCAGAGGGCAGUUUUCUGUGUUUUUAGUGGGCCCGGUGUGGCUAAGCUCCGCAACCACCUCAACCACCUUUCACACACUAACGGUAAUCUGGCACCGGAUCAAGCUUAUUACGAUGAUAGAGAAGAACAAGACACCCCUCUUGUUGAUGAAGAAGAUGAUGAGGACGAAGAGGAAGAGAUACAGGAAGAGUAA